AUAAACGAUCAUCAGAAACAUUCAUCUUGUAUAUUGUUAAAUCUACUUUCAACAUACACUAUUAGUAGGUGUUUGUUGGCAGAUGUGAUUGAAUAGCUCAUAAAACUACAACAAACAGGAGAGAAAACUAGUGCUACUAAUAAUGAUUGACUGCUUUCAACAUAGGACAACUUACGGAGUUCUCAUAGUAUGUGGGCAGACUGUUACGUGAGAGAGAUUGUCGUUGUUGUUAACGAAACCAUUAGCAGAGGCGAGUGGUGCCAUAAGCACCUGAAGACACAGCUGGGAAAGUGCUUACCGCUGGAACUGAGCAUUUGUGAGAUUUGGAAGUGUUCUAUUGGGUCAUCGAGAAGGAAGGGUGGUGAAGAGAAUCGGAAUCUGCAUUACUUCACUAAGUUUGAUGUGGACGAAGGUCUUUCCAACAUUCUGAGGCAUCUAGCAAGCUAUACCGCCUAUACACUUUACAAAAGCAUCAAGAGGCUUCCUGAAAUGAAAGUUACGGGUUGCACAGAAGCAUUUAUGGUAUUCGAAGGUGACAGAAACUCCGUUGUGGACAAACGUGACUGCAGCUGCAGAUGUUUUCAAAACAGCAAUGUGCUAUUGCCAUGCCGUCAUCUAGUUCAUACUAAAUGUCAUAUAUAUACCAGUCUGGGUAAGUUCAUAUAGGCCUCAAGUAAAUUUGUAAAAGAUGUAUUUAGACAGUACUAGGUGGUUACAAGACUACAAUCACACUGUCAUCCAAUCACAACGGACACAAUCGGGGACUUGGACAUGCAAAUGCUCGUACAAGGCAUACUGUAUCAAAUCAAAAACCUUCAACAGACGCAUCCGAGGAUAUGUAGGAGUGCGUUUCUUCACGUAUUCAAUUAUCUACAUGAAGUUGGUGCACAGGAGGAUGAUCAGGCAUCUACAUCGUCAUGCUCGGACCGAUAUACGUACAUAUUUUUAAAGAUAACUGUAAAUAAAUUUUCCCAUAACAGUAUUGCAUCCAAUUGGUACAUUAACAAUAAUUAAAAUUCUACUUAGAUUAAGGGUAAUCUCAGUUCGUUUUGACCACAAUAUAUUGGC